AUGGGGCGACAAUCCAGACCAGGAGGUCAUGAAGAAGACAGUAGUGGACCUGAUCACCUGAUCAUCCUCCUCAUCCUGGGCCAGCAGAAGCAGUUUCAGAGCUGCGAUCCCAACACAGGGAAUUCCAAGGUGCCCGUUAACUGGCCGCCCUACACCAGCGAGGGCGGUUACUACCUGGAAAUCAACAACAAGAUGAGUGAGGACUCCGUGAAGCAGAAUCUGAAAACGCGGUACGUGAACUUCUGGAACUCGGUCUAUCGGAAUCUGCUGCAGGUUGCUGACAUCUCCGGGCGCAAGCGCUUCAGGUCAGGCAUCAAGCGACUCCCGGUCCCCGAGCAAGGCAUCUACGCCGACCCCGCCAAAAGGCUGGAGCUGUAUUUCCGCCCCAAGGACCCGUACUGCCAUCCCGUGUGUGCCAAUCGCUUCCCCACCUCCACCAUGCUGCUCAGGAUCUACGCCGACCCCGCCAAAAGGCUGGAGCUGUAUUUCCGCCCCAAGGACCCGUACUGCCAUCCCGUGUGUGCCAAUCGCUUCCCCACCUCCACCAUGCUGCUCAGGGUGAAGAGGAGGACCAAGAAGAAGAAGCCGUCAGACACCGAAGAAGAAAUCCAGCCAGAAGUCCAGUUUGAAAUGGAAAUUCUUGGGACUGUCACCACCGUUUACAAAUUUCAAGGAAUGUCUGAUUUCCAGUACCUGGCGAUGCACUCUGGUCCUGAUGGCAAACCAACCUCCAUGUAUGACAAAGUCCUAAUGCUCAAACCAGAGAAGGAAGAAUUUUUCAAUCAAGAAUUACCGCUCUACAUCCCGCCACCGAUUUUCUCACGUCUGGACACUCCCAUUGACUAUUUUUAUCGGCCAGAUAUACAGCACCGGGAGGGCUACAACAAUCCCCAGGUGUCAGGGGAGAACCUGAUUGGGCUCUGCAGGGCCCGUCGCCCACACAACGCCAUCUUUGUGAACUUUGAUGAUGAAGAAAUCCCAGCUAAACCCCUGGAUGCCGCUGAACAGACCUGGAAGAAAGUGUGCACCAAUACUGUGGAUAAAAAGGUGGAGGAAGAGCUGAGAAAGCUCUUUGAAGUCCGUCCUGUCUGGUCUCGGAAUGCAGUAAAAGCCAACAUCAGUGUCCACCCGGACAAGCUGAAGCUUCUGCUGCCAUAUUUGGCCUAUUACAUGUUAACAGGUCCCUGGAGAAGCUUAUGGGUUAGGUUUGGGUACGACCCCAGAAAACAUUCUGAAGCAAAGAUUUAUCAAGUACUGGACUUCCGCAUUCGCUGUGGAAUGAAAUAUGGUUACGCCCCUAAUGACAUGCCCGUGAAAGCAAAACGCAGCACCUAUAACUACAGUCUGCCCAUCACUGUCAAGAAGCCAGUAAGUCACACAGUCAGUGUACACGAUCUGAAACAGGGGCUUGGUACAUCUGGUGCAGCCGGGGCAAAAAAGCCUGCCUCCAGCAGGUAUAAACUGAAGGAAUCCGUCUACGUUUUCCGAGAAGGAGCCUUACCCCCUUAUCGGCAGAUGUUCUACCAGCUCUGUGACUUGAAUGUGGAAAGUCUACAGAAAAUCAUCCAUCGGAAUGACGGCACAGAGUCAGAAUGCACAGAGCGGGAUGGGUGGUGCCUUCCAAAGACUAGUGAUGACCUGCGAGAUAGCAUGUCUCUGAUGAUUAAGCAGAUAAUCAGAUCCACCAGACCUGCUCUUUUCUCAAGUACAACAAGCAGCGAAGAUGGCAAAGAGCAGCUGGCAUAUGAGUCUGGAGAGGAUGAGGAUGAUGAAGAGGAGGAGGAAGAGGAAUUCAAGCCUUCUGAUGGGAGUGAAAAUGAAAUGGAGACAGAAAUUCUGGACUAUGUGUGA